CCAAAGAACAGCUAACUCAUUAAGGAUGUCUCUUGUCACAGAAGCUAUCAAAGCCAAAGCUGAUGAGGUCUACCAUGGUGAUGAGAUCUGCCAAGCAAAAACGAGGGAGUUGCUCAAAGAAAUGGAUCUUCCCAAUGGACUGUUGCCAAUGAAAGACAUGGAGGAAUGUGGUAUCAUCAAGGAGACAGGGUUUGUCUGGCUGAAGCAGAAAAAGAGCUACACUCAUAAGUUCCAAGAUAUUGGGAGGCUUGUAACAUAUGGCAAAGAAGUUACAGCCUAUGUCGAAAAAAACAAGGUUAAGAAGCUCACUGGGGUCAAGGCCAAGGAGCUCUUGAUUUGGCUCUCACUCUCCGAUAUCUAUGUCGAUCACCCACCGACCGGGAAGAUCACGUUCAAGGCCACGACCGGGCUGUUUCGAACUUUCCCAGUGUCGGCUUUCGAGGUUGAAGAAGAUGUCGUCAAGGAUGUGGAAGUGAAGAACAAUAAUGAGAAGGAAGUGGUGAGUGUAGCAGCUGCAGCUAUUGAAGUGAAGCAGAUUUGAGCUUGUUGCUGGUUCUGUAUGUUUGCUAUAUGUCUAUCAUUUUAACCUAAGCUCGUAUGCGGAAUGUAACUCUUAAAACGUUAUCAUUAAAAUCAUACAUUUCAGAAUAAACAUAAUUUCAUUACGAUAAAA